AUGGCACGAACAAAGCUCCCUUUGCUUGUCGCUGGAAAGAUUGAACCCGAACGUUAUCCUUGUUACUCGAGCAGCUCACGCGCGAAUGAUCUGCCCAAGAACUCGCAUCCAUCAUUUGACUUUCACGUCUUCCUCAAGUACACGGAGGAGAGGUCGAAAACUCUGGAUGUACUUCCGUCUUCACGUCUCCGUGGAUUGGUGAGCGCAGACCUAAAAGCCUUGCGGUGUCCCAAUCCGAGGAAGGAGGCCAUCAAAUACAAUGGUCUUAUUGUUCAAUGGGACAAGACUGCAGCUGAUAUGGACUUAAGGAGGGAACUUAACAUCCAUCACAUCAGCAUGCGCAAAGUGCCAGUUGGGGCUCAAGUGGAAAUUGAGUCGUCAUCCGAGCAUGGCACACAGUUCAAGAUCGUUUCUCCAUCGCAUCUUACUGGGGAUCCUGUCCGAGAAGAUUCCCGGUCUGACACCACUAGCACUCUAGUUGAUGACUUCAACAAUGCGCCGCCACGUCACUUGGAUAGACAGACUAACUCUCAGAAGAUUCCAGGUCUUCCGGAGAAACCGGUGUACUCUGACCCGCACGCGCGAGUGGAUCCUCAAACCCGAGCGAGAGUACAGAAGCUCACUCGUGAGCUAUGGGAAUCAAGACGAGAGAUGCAGGCUGCCCAUGCCCGCUCCGACGCGGUUUCCCGCGAGCUGGAUCGACUCGGCGCACCGAAAUCAGGCAGACCAGAGGACGCUUGGGAGAACAUGGCAGAAGCCUCUUGUACGGCGAUAUUCCUCUACGAGGUCUACAAGUAA